AUGGAUGCAAGAAGUGAGCCGCUUUGUUCUCUCACGGGUCGUUCUGAUGUCUAUGGAGUCGGUAUUCGAGCCGCAUUUUACGCACAAUGGCUUGGCUCUCUUCUCAUAGAAUACCUCUCUGAGGAGAACCUCGCAGAUUUACGGUUUAUCAGUAUAUUUUCUUCAGCAGCCGCGUCUAUAUCUCUCGUCAUUGGAGUCGCUUACAACUCCCUGCAGCCCCUCGACAUAUACUUCUUGCUUCUUCUAGUCAUGGGAUGCUUUCUAUUUCAGAUGCCAUUACACAUCUGGCGUAUUGUCACGAGAUGUCAAGCCCACCUUGACCCGUUCCAACUCUCAAAGGAGAGCCACGGGCAUUUCUAUCACCUCAUGACUCUUACGGUGCUCACGGCCAAUGUAUCCAUGGGAACCUGGUACUUUACGUACUUUCUACCGCACCUCGACCGUGGUUGUCGUGAUGUGAUAUUUCUGCUUGGCAAGGUGAAUCUGGAGAGUCGGGGAUACAUCAUAGCUGGCUCGAUAUUCUUCAUUGGGAUCCUUGUCAGUAUCGGUGGAUUCAUCCUCUUGAACACCUGCUGCACACCGAUAAUCAAAUCAAGCUCGCGAAAUAGGAGAACGAGGUCCAGAAAUAUUUGGCGACUCAGAAAACUCCGCGCAAUAUCCGGCUUCAUAAUCUUCACACUUUUAGUCCUAUCUAUCGAACUUCCUAACCAAUGGAACCACAUCCAAGAUGUUUACGAUUUUACUACCGUCACACAAUUACUGCCCCUUAUGCUCACCAUUGGAAUCUUCCUCCGGUCCUGGGCGAUGUAUGCUAGCGGAGCCAACGAUUCAUCGGAAGAACGAAGGCGACGCAGAACUACUUCAACUUCUUCAUCAUCGACAUCUACAUCGACAUCAACCACAUCAAGUGGGGAUUCGUCUCAGGUCGUACGCUACUAUUAUACGUACCCUUUUUCCUACUAUGAUGAGGAAGAUCCAUACUACGACUACGAUGAUUACUAUGACUACUAUAACGAUUACAAUGAUUAUUACAAUAACAAUUACAACUACUACAACUAUUCAAAUACAUCAGGGGAUGAUCAGGCCCAGAUUCAGUGGCCGCAAGGAGUUCACUUUUCACGUUGGUAG